GGGACCGGAGGGCGGAGCCAGUUUGGUUGCACCAACACCGGUACUUAGGCACGUACCGGCGUGUCCUUGGGCUUAGAAAGCGGGACGUUCGGCUUGUGAGCGGGAACUUCUCGGUCGCGCACAGAAAAAGAACGAUUUUAAAAUGGGUGAUGUUGAGAAGGGCAAGAAGAUUUUUGUUCAGAAGUGUGCCCAGUGCCAUACUGUGGAAAAGGGAGGGAAGCACAAGACUGGGCCAAACCUCCAUGGUCUGUUUGGACGAAAGACAGGUCAGGCUCCUGGAUUCUCUUACACAGAUGCCAACAAAAACAAAGGUAUCACCUGGGGAGAGGAGACGCUGAUGGAGUACUUGGAGAAUCCCAAGAAGUACAUCCCUGGAACCAAGAUGAUCUUUGCUGGCAUUAAGAAGAAGGGAGAGAGGGAGGACUUGAUAGCUUAUCUCAAAAAAGCUACCAAUGAGUAAUAGUUGGCCACUGCCUUAUUUAUUAUGAAACAGAAGUGUCUCAUGACUUUUUAUGUGUACCAUAUUUAAAUUGAUCUCAUACACUAGAAUUCAGAUCAUGAAUGGCUGAUGGAAUAAUUCUGUUGGACAGUCCUGAUUUAAAUAAGAUUGGUCUGUGGCUAAACAAAUAUGGUCAGCUUUUUUAAUUUUGAUAGUAAUUCUGGUUCAACAAGUACUAUCACUUUUCCCAUUCUAAAGAGAUGAUUGAACUUGAAUAAGGAAUAUGAAAAUUUUUAGGGAGAUGGUGCAUUCCUUCUCAAAACCUAUAAGAGAUUGGUUUUAUAUUUAGAUUUCUAUAACUGGUUAUAUUAAUAUUUUUAAAUACUGAAAAGGUCCCUUCACUGUCUCAUAGAACAGAGGAGGAUUCACACGUGUUUCAAGUUGUGUUCAUUAGCCUGUUAAGGCAAGGAUUGAAAAUACACUGACAAAGUCCACUUUAUCUGUUUGGUUUUAUAAACUAUGCCAAUUUAAUUAAAAUUCUCUAUCUAAAAUUUAGCCUUUUACUUAAUGAAAGGCAUUUUAGUGUGGUUUAUGUAUAGCAUCAAAUAAAGAGUAUUUAGCACCUCACAUUUUGUAGAUGAUCUUUAAGAUCAGAUGCUUUUUAAAUUCCCUGUGACAGGAUAUGUUAACAAACUUUGCUUGUUAAUUCUUCACAAAGUCAGACUAAGUUAUAAUUCAGGGUUGUCCUAAACAGGAAUUCAGAAACACAACUGUAGAACUACUUGUAUAUGGUGACUGGUAAUCGUGCUUUUGCCAGCUCAGCAGGAUUAGAGGGGCUAUAUCAUUAGCUCAAAUUUGUAAACUGUCUGAUAUAAGGCUUAAGAAUUGAAAAACAAAGUCACAGAUCGUGAUUUUUUUAACUUGAUUUAAUGGCAUACCAAAAUGGUUGAAAAAUACAGUAGCCCAAACAGGCAGCAUUGUUACUAGUCAUAGUAGUAGAUUGUGUCUACUUGGUCUCCUAGGACAGCCUGCCCUAGCACACCACCUCAGUCAUCCACUCAGUUUCUCUGGCCAGAAUGAGCACUGCAGCAUUUAUGCCAAAUGCAGAAAGAAGACUUUCUGAUCAUCGUGUUAGCGUAUGUACAGUGUAUGGUUAUAGUUUAUGUGCUAAAUUAUUCAUACACAGUUUGUGCCAUACAUGUUUAGUGUAGUCCCUAGAAAUUUUAUGGAAUGGUGAACUUGAACUAAGCCAUAAAGAAUACUGAGAGAAAUUCUCAGUGGGGGAAGUAAGUCUGUACCAGUGGUGAGAGCCAUUUCUGUGACAGUAAGGGAACUGGGAGAAGGCCUUGUCAAAAGUGAUGGGGAUGUUUAUUUAGGUCUGUAAGGCCUGAUAAAGCACUGUGUAACUUGUGAAUCUUAUUUUCAGUCAUUGGAGAAAUGUGAAAAAGCAAACACGAUAGUCUGAAAACAGGGGCAAAAACAAUUUGGGAAGCAGAAGCCUGCUAUAAUUCAGGUGGUAUCCAGGUCAGUGUAGCAGUUAGCUUCUAAGAGAGUUCUGCACCAGUGUGGGAACACAUGGAGACCAGGAAAUUGACUGAUUUCUAUGCUUCCUAAGUCAGCUAAGGCUGGUGUUGGCAGAGAAUUGUUGUGUUCUAGGCCAGUUAUAUUCAAUAAGGGCCUCUAGUUAUAAGUUCUGUAGUUAACUCAGGGCUUCCCUGGUGGCUCAGAUGGUAAAGCAUCUGCCUGCAACGCAGGAGACCCGGAUUCAAUCCCUGAGUCGGGAAGAUCCCCUGGAGAAGGAAAUGGUAGCCCAUUGCCGUAUUUUUGCCUGAAGAAUUCCAUGAACAGAGGAGCCUGGCAGUCCAUGGGGUCUCAAAGAGGCAGACAUGACUGAGCAACUAACACUUUUCAGUGCAGAAAUACACACUGAUCUUUGGCUGCAUUUCUUUUUGUUCCCCAGACCAUUGUCAUGGUGUUCACACACUGAGAAGUGUAAUAUAAAACGUUAGAUUUCCAUUUGUUUAGUAACACUUGAAUUCCAGGUUAUCUUAUUUGGAGAUUGAGUUAUUUGGAAACUCUGGUCAUAACCCCAGGCUUUCUUGGUUCAUUCAGAAAGCUAAACAGGUACAUUCUAUUUCUCAAAAGGUAAACAUGUCCAGGAUUUUAGAAACUUGACUAGUAGUCUUGUUCUAACACAUACGUAAUGAUGAGGCCAAUGUGUGGUAAGUGAUACAUCACUGACAGUUUUUCAGAACAGCAAGAGAUUGACUUGCUCAAGGUUUGGUUAAGUUAGCUAUUGCAGGCGGAUUCUUUACCAUCUGAGCCACCAGAGAAGCAGGUCACCCUAGACACUUCCCAAACCACACGUGCACCUCACUCUCUAUUUCUUAUCCCCACACCUACAUUCCUCUAGUCCCCACUUCUCCCCACAGUUACCCCCACCUGCUCCCAUCCCUUCCUUUCCCCCCUCACUCAGUAUUGGAACUGGGAGAGAUCUCAGAGAUUCUUUGAUUCCAACUGAACAGAUGAGAGGUGAGAUUAACUAGGCUCAGGGAACUAUGGAAACUACUCACUUGGUUGAGCUGGGGCCCUAGCAGGACCUAGUAGUCCAACCUUGCAGGUCACUGAGAGGAAGGGAACUGAGGCAUAUGGCAGAUACCUGUGUUUGGAGAGGGGUAGGCUUGGCCCAGUUUUUUAACACCCCUACACUGAGUGUGAAGGUUUUUGAGGUAUGCUGUGGGCAGGGGCAAGUAUCUGGACUGGGACACAGCCCAUACCAUUUCUAGAGUGUUGCUUUCUUUCCACAUGUUGAAAGGAGUUGUCCUGCCUGGGAGCUUUGAGGAGUGCUGGGCCCAGAGUGGCCAAAAUCACAUGCUCUUGCCCCACUGACCUGAUUACAGAGCCCUCCUAAUUAGGGGAGGGGAGAAUGCCUUGCCUUCUUUUCUAGCCCCUCUGGAUUUGUUACCAUUUUUCUUGUACUCAACAUCUGCCAGUAAAUAUUGUCUAUAAUGGAAAAAAAAAAAAUCUAGAUGAGUGACAGCUGAAACCACAACCAAGCUACUCUGACCAUAGUUUGGCCUUAGUCUAACUCCAUUUUACCAGAAAUAUUAAUGAGCUGCUCCCAGUUUUCUUUUUCUUUACUCAUUAGAGUUGUGCCUGUGUUCCACAUUGAUGCCACUAAAUAUGUGUGUGUAGCUUGAACAGCAUCCUCUGAAGAACAACCAUUGGACUAGUUCAUUUUAUUUGUGUUGUAAUGAAGAAUGGUGGGUUUUGGGAAUGGAAAAAUAGUGUUCAGAGCGGGAGUUAGUAAGCAGUCCCGAAGCUUUUUGCAAAUAAAACUAUUGGCACAUGGCCAUUAUAUUCA